UUUCACUUGCCACGCUCACCACCCACUCCUCUCUCUCUCUCUCUCAUUGGCAUAUAUAUACCCUUCAACCAAGCUCCUUCCAUGGUAGAAGAGCACAGCCCUGCACCAGAAACCCAAGCCACCCCAAAAUGAGCGAAGUUCCUCCCUAAGACAUAGCCAUGGCUUCCGGAUCAGGCUACUCCCCCCCUACCCUCGGCCGCGGCGUCUGCACCUUUUUCACCAUCUUCCUCCUCCUCGCCGGCGUCACCGCCCUCACUGUCUGGCUUGUCUACCGCCCCCACCGCCCCCAGUUCAUUGUUGUCGGCGCCGCCGUCUACGCCCUCAACACCUCCGCACCGCCCAUGAUCUCCGCCACCAUGCAGUUCACGAUCCUCACCCGCAACCCCAACCGGCGCGUCUCCAUCUACUACGACCGCCUCUCCGCCUUCGUCUCCUACCGGAACCAGGCCAUCACUCCUUCCGCCGCGCUCCCGCCGCUCUACCACCGGAGGCACUGCACGGUGUCGCUUUCGCCAGUGCUGGGGGGCUCGGCGGUGCCGAUUUCGGCGGAGGUGGCCAACGGGCUGGCGGUGGACCAGGCGUACGGGGUGGUGGGGCUGAGGGUGGCGCUGCUGGGGAGUCUGCGUUGGAAGGCCGGAGCCAUCAAGACGGCGCAUUAUGGGGUUUACGUGAGGUGUGAUGUAUUGGUGGGUCUGAAGCCGGGUCUUGUGGGUCCGGUCCCUCUGCUCGGAGCUCCGGGUUGCGCCGUCGACGUUUGAUAAAUAUAUAUUUAGCCAUUCACAGAUCAUCUCGCCGGAGCUAGCUAGCUUCUCCGAAAUACAAAUUUCUAGACGACUAGCCAGAAAUGCUUUUUUGUUUUUUAUUUUUUUGUCUUUUUUAACUAUUCGUAUUUUUGGAACGUAACUCAGAGUCCAAAAGCUUAAAAUUGGUGAAGUGUAAAUCGUUUCUCCCUAUAUUGAGUUUUUUUUUUCUUC